CUGGAUUUCUCGAGAAACCAAAACCUUCUACACUACUCUCCCAAUGUGGCAAUGUACUUUCCAGAAACCUCAUCACUUCCCUUUAAAUAUUUGGUCCCCAACUCUUAUUCUCAUCAAAAUCUUUGCCUCACAUCUACUAGACUACUAGCAACAACCUUAAACACCCUAACCAUUUCUUCAUCAUGUCCCAAGCUGUUUCAAAUUUGAGCCUCUCUUUGCCUCUGCCAUGUGGAAGAGCCAGUAAUUCUUAUAAGCCUCUAUGUUCAACACUCCCCCACUUUUUCAAACCAAUUGGCUGCAGAGGUUUAAGCCUCAGGGCCAUGGCAGGGGAGACCAAAGACAAUCUUGACCACUUGCAGAGAACCAACAGCAAGCAACAGCAACCUAACCCCAAGAGCCGAGUUGCGCCUGUUGCACCCAUAGGGUUGUGGGAUCGAUUUCCAUCAGCAAGGACAGUGCAGCAGAUGAUGGAGACGAUGGAAAGAAUGAUGGAGGACCCAUUUACCUACUCUAGUGGGUGGGCAUCACCUGUGCCUAGUGAGGGAAGAGGGUACAGUAGGGGAAGGACACCAUGGGAGAUCAAGGAGGGUGAGAGUGAGUACAAGAUGAGGUUUGACAUGCCUGGUAUGGCAAAGGAAGAUGUGAAGGUCUGUGUGGAGGAGAAUAUGCUGGUUUUGAAGGCUGAGAAGGUGCUCAAAAACGAAGGUCAGGAUAAUAAGGAAGAAGAAGAGUGGUCUGCUAAGAGCUAUGGGAAGUAUAGCUGUAGGAUUGCUUUGCCAGAUAAUAUUCAGUUUGAGAAAAUUAAGGCAGAGGUGAAAGAUGGGGUUUUGUAUAUAACUAUUCCUAAGGCUAACAGGCCUGGCAAAGUUUUGGACAUCAGUGUUGAAUGAAAAUUUGUGUGCUAGAGUAAAUGUAUGCUUUUUCUGUUUUGUUUUUUAAUGAAUUUUAGCAAAUGUCUUUCAAAGUUAUAGGCGUAAAGAGAAUCAUUUGCAAAUUUAAGGUGUAUUUACUUCAUUUUGGAUUUAUUUAGCUAUGUUUUGGAUGCUAUUUCCUGUUUAUGACUUAA